AUGGCUGCUGCGACGUUGCUCUUGGUGCUCACGGUCAUCGCCCUCGGCUCCGGUCACGGCCAGGCUUUCGACCCUAACCCUCUCCAAGACUUCUGCGUCGCCGACACCAUGUCCAAGGUGCGCGUGAACGGGGUGCCGUGCAAGGACCCGGCGGCGGCGGUGGCGGACGACUUCUUCUUCGCCGGCGUGGACAAGCCCGGCGGCGGCGCGGCGAGCAAGCGCUUCGGGUUCUCGGCGCUGACGGUGCAGAUCCCGGGCCUGAACACGCUGGGCGAGUCGCACGCCCGCGUGGACGUGGCGCCGGGGGGCGUCUUCCCGCCGCACUACCACCCGAGGGCGGCGGAGACGGCGCUGGUGCUGGAGGGCUCCGUCUACUUCGGCUUCGUCUCCUCCUACCCGGACAACCGGCUCUUCGCCAAGGUGCUCCGCAAGGGCGACGUCUUCGCUGUGCCGCAGGGGCUCGUGCACUUCCUCUACAACAAUGGCACCGCGCCGGCGGCCAUCUACGCCUCCCUCAGCAGCCAGAACGCCGGGCUGGUGCUCCUCGGCGACGCGCUCUUCGCCGGGGCCAUCCCCGACGACCUCCUCGCCAAGUCGCUCCUCACGGACAGGUACACCGUCGGGAGCAUCCGGGCCAACUUCCGGCGGCCUUGA